AUGGUUCCUUAUAUUGAAACUAACACACCAGACAAUGACAGUCCAUCACAAGUCGUACCAUCGUUGUGCGACAUUGGCUCCGUUCCACAUGCUCCUCCUCCUCCUCCUCCUCCUCCGCCUCCAUUCUUUCAUCCAAUGUUGGUUAAUCUUCAUUCGACGGAAUUACCACAUCAACAUGUUUCGCCAGUCUUAGUGGAAGGGCAACAUAUUGUUCAUAGGAUACAAGCACGAGUAUUACCAACUUGUUUAUUUAGUACAUCAAAUAUUUGGACAAAAAAAGCUGAUGUGAACAUAAAAUUUAAUCCAAGUUUCAUCGAAAACUAUUUUGUCGAUAAUAAAACAUCAGUCACGCAAAAAUUAGUAACCGAUCGUCGUACAAAUAUUGUUUCAAUAGGAGGAGGAGGAGAACUUGGGUCGGAAGAUGUUUCGCAAGGUCUUCUACUAGAUCGUUCCGUCUUGUUAAUGUAUGACGUUUCAUUAAAAUAUAUACUAAAAACAACCUCAAUCGAUCAUAUUAUAUCAUCAGUUGAUAAUGGAAAAUCCAUCGAGUGUCUCGAUCGUAUACGUCAAAUUUAUAAACAUUUCACGAGAAAUCCAAAAGAUGUUGAAAAAUUUUCAACAUAUGCCGGUUCAUUCGAUGCGCUGAAACGUACCGAACAAUUUCUCAUGAGAUUUAUUCGUAUUCGACAUUACAACUUCAAAUUUCAAUGUUUAUGUUUGAAUGAAGAUUUACAAUCACAACUAGACAUGUCGAUGAUCAGAAUUCACAACCUUUUAGAAGCCAUCAACCAAAUUCGUCAUAGUUCCAAAUUACCGGGCAUGUUGCAUUUAUUGUGUCUGUUAUUCAAUAGUGUUAGUCGUAAAAAUGCGUGUGGUCUCGACUUCUCGUCUAUCAUUAAUGCAUUGCAGUCGAAAACAACAAAACCUACAAUUACCGUAGCCAAUGUCUUGUGUAUGCAAUAUGACCAAAUUAAGUCCGACUAUUUGCAAUUGCCAGAUGAAUUACAACCACUGCUGAAAAAUGUUGAAACCGUCAAAUACAAACAAAUUUAUCAAGAUAUACAUUCGUUAUAUCAACGUUUCGCCAAAUUAAAACAAGAUAUGAAACAAAUAGACGACACGUCAACCGUAUCGUCUGCAUUUAUUUCAAUGUUUCAGCAAUACGGACAAAAAUUUGAAAUACUAUUUGCAAAAGAAGAUAAUAUUAAACAAGGUGAAAAAGCGCUAGCCGUCUAUUUUUGUGAUAAAAAUUUGACAUUAGAGACGUGUUUGUCGACGAUAUCUCAGUUUUGUGAUAAAAUUCGUCAAGCACAUCAACAAAAUUUACAACGUAAACGAUUUGAACAAGAACAAAAACGUUUAAUAUCAUUGAGAUUGAAAACAGAUUUAUUUGAUUCAAGAACACCAACAUCACCUAUGAAGAAAUAUCAUUCAGCAUCGACAAAUAAAAAAAAUCUUUUAUCGGAAAGUGUCUUUGCUAACGAAUGUUUUACAUCAAUAACAACAUUAAAAACAACAGCACAAAAACGCAAAUUUGAUUUCAGUCGUAGUGCUAACAACAGUUGGGAUUCAGAUAAAUCAGUGAAACUUCUCUAA